AACUGCAGUAUGUGGACGGCGUUCUGAAAUCACGAACCGAUAGACCCGGCAUCAUCUUCAGCAGCACCAGCUGGACUCCUGAUGAAGAUUUCACUCUCUUGAUGGAAGCCUUACAAGUUUACGAAACAACCUACUCGUUAACCAAAGUUCUUCCGCGUCUGAUCUGCGUGAUCACCGGCAAGGGCCCCAUGAGGGAGUACUACCGCCAGCUGGUGGACUCCAAGAAGUGGAAGAACGUGGAUGUCAUCACACCCUGGCUCGACGCGGCCGACUACCCAAGAAUGGUGGCUAGUGCUGACCUCGGAGUGUGCCUGCACACCAGCUCCUCCGGGCUCGACCUCCCGAUGAAAGUCGUGGACAUGUUUGGAGCUGGUCUUCCUGUUUGCGCCUUCAACUUCCUGUGCCUGGACGAGCUGGUGGAGGACGGCGUCAACGGCUUCACGUUCAAGACCGGCGACGAGCUCGCCAAAUUGGUCGUGAACUGGUUCACCGGCUUCCCCGACAACCCCGAGCAGAUCGCGCUCGCCGACAGGAUGCGCCGCGAGCUCGCCAAGUUCCGGGACUCGCGCUGGGAGGACAACUGGGACACCCGCGCCAAGAAGAUCUUUGAAAACUGAAGCGGGGCCACGCCCUCGUACGACUUCGAUCUCUAGACUCAUUCCGCAAAUAAAUUUAAUCGCCUCAAAUUGUUUAUCUUAAUAUCCGCUACUAAGGUAGAAGAAUGUUUUCUUGUUUCAGUCACUGAAGGUGGCCUAGAAAUAUCUUCAAUAAAAAAAUACCAAAAAAAAAGUUAUUUAAUCAUAUUUAUAGUAGUCUUUAAUGGUUCGGCGCUCACGUGGCGCGGGAGACGUGCUCGGGGGGCAGCGGGACGGGGUUGGGGGGGCGGACUGAGCACGUGCAGUGGACGAGGCCUCAUAGUCUCGCAAUAUAUAAAUGUAAUCAACAAUUAGCUCGUUUACAAUAAUCAUUGUAUUCUCAGUAAUUAAUCUUGGAUAUCUUGUAGGACAAGUAGUAGUCUGUUGUACUCUGUGUUUAUGGAAAUAGUUGACGUGCGAGUUUAAAUUUCAAGUUGGUGAUGAUAUAAAUUCCAUUUCAAUGUUUAUAAACCGUCGCAGCCAUGUUCAAUUAUACUGCAAUGAAGUAUCACUUUUUUUGUUUUUCGUUUUUGUAAUUGUUAACUUUCUUUUUUUUCCUGUAGUUUACAAUGUGUAUGUAAUGAUGUGAUGUGACGAAUUUAAUUAAUGUUGAUUAGGAUUGUUUGAAAUUAUUUUAGGUUAAGUUUAAGACAUUUUCAGUAAAUUUGUUUUUGCGAAAUAUAAAAAUACAUAAUAUAUUCAGUGUUUAGAUCUCGUAGAGCAGUUGUAGACGGAGCUCGCGCCUAGCAUCUGCGGGUUAAAUAAAUAUCAUGGAUUCA